AUAUACGAAAAUGAAAACUGCAACCAACAUCUACAUCUUCAACCUCGCUCUGGCUGAUGCGUUGGCAACGAGUACUCUUCCCUUCCAGAGUGUCAACUAUCUGAUGGGCACCUGGCCUUUUGGACAAUUCCUCUGCAAGAUUGUGAUGUCCAUCGACUAUUACAACAUGUUCACCAGCAUCUUCACUUUGACAACCAUGAGCAUCGACCGCUACAUUGCAGUGUGCCACCCCGUCAAGGCCUUGGACUUCAGAACGCCACGCAACGCCAAAAUCGUCAACGUCUGCAACUGGAUCCUGUCAUCUGCUAUUGGCCUGCCAGUCAUGGUCAUGGCCCGCACUACUUUUGAUCACCAUGGCAGCUUGGUCAUUAUCGACUGCACGCUCCUCUUCCCCCAUCCUUCCUGGUACUGGGAGAACCUGCUCAAGAUCUGUGUGUUCAUCUUUGCUUUCAUCAUGCCCGUGCUUAUCAUCACUGUCUGCUAUGGCCUGAUGAUCCUGCGUCUGAAGAGCGUACGAAUGCUCUCCGGUUCCAAGGAGAAAGACCGCAACCUGCGGCGCAUCACGCGUAUGGUCCUGGUGGUGGUUGCCGUCUUCAUCAUCUGCUGGACGCCCAUUCACAUAUAUGUCAUCAUCAAGGCUCUGGUCACCAUCCCCCACUCCCUGCUGCAGUCCGUCACUUGGCACUUCUGCAUUGCCCUGGGCUACACCAACAGUUGCCUGAACCCCGUUCUUUAUGCCUUCCUGGAUGAAAACUUCAAACGCUGUUUCCGUGAGUUCUGCAUCCCUAGUCCCUCAGUCCUGGAACUCCAGAACUCCUCACGUACUCGCCACCCACAACGCGAAGCCCAGUCCAGCGGCCACACAGUGGACCGAACCAAUCAUCAACUAGAACACCUGCAGUCCAAGUAUAUCGGCACUGGCCAUGCAGACACCACCAAAUGGGAGUGGCUGGUGAACCAGCAUCGAGACUCGUAUUGCUCCUACAUGGGCCACUUCGACCUGCUUAAUUACUUCGCCAUCGCUGAGAAUGAAAGCAAGGCUCGUGUGCGUUUCAAUCUGAUGGAGAAGAUGCUGCAGCCCUGCGGCCCACCCGCUGACAAACCAGAGGAUGCAUAGACAUUGUGGACUACAUUUGGACUCUGAUUGGACACCUGUAGAGCUGCUUGAUUACCUAAAUCAAUCUGUCAGUAGUAUAUAGGUCAUGUUUGAUUGGAUCAGUGUGGGUUCUUUUUUUUUUUUUUUUUUCCCCCAAGCAUAUUUGUAGCUUGCCAUUUGUGAGAUACUCUCUGCACAGAACACAUUUUAUAAAACCUUGAAGUUUUUUAAUUAAAUGCUUUUUCUGAUGAGAA